AUGUCAGGAAGAUCGACACGCAUCUCUACGCUUUCGGAUAAGAUUCAAGGUUUGAAGUUCAUGCAAAGAGCUUCGGCAUCCUCUCCUUCUACAUCAGCAUCCACAUCGACACCGAAGGUAGAACAAGAGGAAGCAAAGAAGAAAGGCAAGAGCUCAAAAGAUCAGCAAAGGAAUCAAGGAAAUAGCUUUUCUUCUUUGGCGGCAUCUGAGCCAGCUACAAUAACAUCCAAUCUCCACAAAGAUGAAGAAGAUGCAGAACCGAGCAAUGAGGAGCAUUGGGUAAUGCCAAAUGCUAAGGAGAAGAUUGCUAGACAGUCAUCUUCCAAGUCUAUACCACGCAUUGAAUCUCAAAGUGGAUGGAACGAUUGGCUAGGUCAAUUACAGAACGGAGAAUCAUCAGCACAGCAGAGCCCAUCCAGUGCAGGAGCAGCAAGACGGUCAUUUGGAGCAUGGGCACCAAAGUUAACGGAGAAGAAGGGAAGUAAGGGUAAAGAAGAAGAUGAUUCGGAGGAAGAUGAAUUCACCGGAGGCGAAAGUGAAGAAGACAUUCAACAAAAAGGAUUUAUCAAACCAGGUAGUCUUUCAGAUACACCGUUAAAGAAGCAAAAAGGCAGAAAACGCAAAAGUGACGAUAAUCAUGGAAAUUCAAAAUUAAAAGAUGAAUUGAUGGGUGAUAUACGAAAACAAAAGAAGAAAAAGACGAAAGAUACCAAUGGACCUUCUUCGACAGAUUCACAUGCUAAAGCACGUCAAGAAUCAGCGAUCAAGAAACGUAAAGAUAUGGCAUCUACAGGGAAAGCAGGAAAGAGGCAAAAGGAAGGAUUUCUAACUCCGAAUAUGAAUCGACAAAAUGAUGACGAUCAAUUCAAAGUCAGUGAUAACGAUGAUACUUUGGAAGGGUUUUGA